AUGGGUAGUGGAUCUACGAAAAUCUUAUCAUUUGAUGAAGCUUCAAAACGAUUAUCUCAAACUGACUUGGAUCGUAUUGAAACAGCAUUUCGUGAACUAACUACUGGAACAAAUGAACUUAAUUAUACGAAUUUUAAACGAGAUAUAUUUGCUAAUUUUCUACCUGAAAAGUUAGCCAAUCGUCUUUUUCAACUAUUUGUGGGUUCAUCUCGAAUCGGUUUAUCUUAUAGAGAUCUCAUCUGCUGUUUGGGUUUGAUCUAUUAUGGUUCACAGAAAGAACGCAUGCAACUUCUCUAUGCAAUCUUCACUCAAACUGGAACGUUACGUUGGUAUGAUGUUGAAGAAUUUCUUCGUCUAUGUGGUGAUCAAUUACCUCAAGAACUUGAAUAUUUCUUUCAAAAAGAUCAAAUAGUAACACAAGAAAAGUUUCUUCAGUGGUUAGAACGUAGCCAAGGUCAUACAACAACAAUAGUCGAUUGGCUUACGGAUGAACAACGUUUACAUGAAUUAUUGACAUAUACAAAUGAUAGAAUAUAUGACCAAUAUUCCAUACUCGCCGGUGUAACACAUUUAUCAGAAAGAGAAAUCAAAGAAUUAGAACAAACUUAUCAUCAAUUCUAUACGUGGAAUAAUAAUAAACAACAACAAAUAACAUCACAGAUAUUUUCUACUAUAUUUUCACCUGUUCUACCAUCGAUAUUAAUACCAGCAAUUUUUGAAGCUUUCGAUGAAAAUCGUGAUGGAUCGAUUGAUUUUAAAGAAUUUGCUUGUGGAAUUAGUGCUGCUUGUCGAGGUCCACAAAUUGAAAGAUAUAAAUUUCUCUUUCGUGUAUUCGAUCGUGAUCAUGAUGGUGUGCUCAGUCAUUCUGAUAUUAUUUUCAUGACACCAUGUCUCAUUGAAGUUGCUCAAUUUGUUUAUGUAUCGAAUGAACAUAUAAAAACGUCGCGUGAAUUAUAUGCUAAUAUGAUUGCAAAUGAACAUGAAUCAGUUCUAUUGAAACCAGAAGAUUUUCUACUAUGGUGUCAAAAAGAUAGAUUAGUUAUCGAACUAGUCGAUCUUAUUUUUCAAAUCUGUCAUGUUGUACUUGGAUUACGACCAUCAUCACAACAAGAUGAAUUAAAUAUUGCAAAUCAUUUUCUUCGACGCGAAAAAUGCCCAUUCAAUGAAUCAGAAACAGUAUCGAAUCGUUUAACAUCCAAACCGGGUUCAUCGUGGUUUCUUAUUUCAAUGGAUUGGUGGUUUAAAUGGGAAUCACAAUGUUCCUCUUCGAUUGUCAAUAGUAAUGAAUUGAAAACAAAAGCAAACUCGUCUAUAAAAUCCAAUAAAAUUGAUAAUAGAUUCGAACUUGGUGAUAUUGAUAAUAGUUCAUUGGUAGAAAAAAUUAUUUCAAAUGAUUGUGUUCAACUUAAACCAGGCCUUCGUCAUGGAAUUCAUUUCGAAAUGAUACCGGAAUUAUUAUGGAUAUUUUUACGUAAAUAUUAUCGUUGCAUUGGACCUAUUGUAUGUCGAAAAGUCACAUACAGAAAAAAUCUUAAUAAACCUGAACUUGAUCUUUAUCCAUUAAUCAUCAGAAUUUAUUGCAAUCGCACUCUUUCAACACAACAAAUCGAAGCAAUCGCAGCAAAUAAAAAUAGUAGUAAUUCUACGCAUUUCGCUUAUCCCUUGUUGAACUUUGUUUCGGCGAGCAUGUUCGGUUCAACGAAUGCUCCAACAUCAGUGGCAUUAAAUACGCCUCGGCAUUAUUUAGCUUGUUCCUAUUUUGUUAGUCAAUAUCAAACAGUUCGAUCUCUUGCUGAAGAACUUUCAAUUAAGUUUGGAAAACCUUUGGAUGAAAUAAGAUUAUGGGCUAGGCCUAAUGAAAAUGAUCUUCGACAAAUAGAUUUUGAAUCGAUCGAUGAGAUAACAUGUCAAGAAGCAGGUUUCAAUCAAAACAGUGAAAUUUUAUUAGAAAUCCGUAAUAAUGAUUUAACAUGGCCUGAAGAACUCUAUACAUUAGCAACACGUUCAAAAGCAUUGGCAGUAUCAACAUUAUCGAUAAACAGUUCAAUAGGAAAUGUUGAAGAAGAAGGACGUGGUCAAAUAGGUCUAUCGAAUUUAGGCAAUACCUGUUUCCUGAAUGCUGCUGUACAAUGUCUUAGUCAUUCGUUUCCAUUAACAUUUUAUUUUCUUCAUAAAUAUCAUCUGUUCGAAAUAAACAAAGAUAAUCCAAUUGGCAUGCAAGGAAACAUAGCUUUACGUUAUGGACAAUUGAUUGCUAAACUUUGGGGAAACGUUCGUGGACCAUUGGCACCAUUUGAAUUAAGAGGCUCAGUUGCAAAAUUUGGUUCGUCACGUUUUACUGAUUUUCAACAGCAUGAUUCACAAGAAUUUCUUUCGUUUUUACUCGAUGGUCUACAUGAAGAUCUUAAUCGUGUUCACGAUAAACCUUAUGUUGAACUUAAAGAUAGCGAUGAUAGACCAGAUGAAGAUGUCGCACAUGAACAUUGGUCGAACCAUAUAGCACGAAACUCAUCGAUUAUUGUUGAUCUAUUUCAUGGUUUACUUCGUUCACAAGUUAAAUGUCGAAUAUGUGAAUUUAAAAGUGUUCGAUUCGAUCCAUUUAAUGUUCUUUCAUUACCAUUACCAAUAGAUACGUCGAUUUACAUUGACGCCAAAUUGGUGCUACUUAAUGGUUUAAAACCGAUUCGGUAUGGUAUGAAACUUGAUGGUGAAUUAACUGUUGAUCAUAUCAAAAAACAAUUAUCUAUUCUAUCAUCAUUAUCCAUUGAACAGAUUGGAUUUUUCGAUGUAACACAUCCAUCAAGUCUUCGUCGUUAUACAUUAAUGGAUUAUAGUCAAACAAAAAUAAAACAAUUGAAUGUUCGCGAUUUUGUUGCCUAUGAAUUACCAUUAACAAAAUCAACUGAUAAUAAUAAUUCGUCAUCAAUUCCAUUUAUUAUAGCUAUACAUCGUCGACUGGAACGUCAGGAUCGUUAUUUAUCACCUUUGACUCGACAAAAAAUUCUAUUCUUUGGCCAACCAAUAAUUAUCCCCUAUGAUGAAAAUGAAUCGACUAAAAUAACAAAUAAAUCAAUCUAUGAAAAUGUUUCGAAACAAUUAGAGCGUCUAUUAAGAAAAAAUACAGAUCUCUCCUAUGUAUCAAACCAUGCACUUGAUUGUGAUGAUUCACUUGGUGAACGCUAUCCAUUUAUAUUAAAACAUGUUACUGAAGAUGGAAAAAAAUGUUCAAUCUGUCCAUGGAAUCGUUUUUGUACUGGCUGUUUGUUUGAAUCGAAUACUAAUGAGUUUUUACGUACACGUGGAAAUCUUGCUAUUGAAUGGGAAUCAUCUGCUUACUAUCUUCGAUAUUUAUCUGGACGUGAACAAGAUGUUGAAAUUCAUCCAAGUGUAAAAUUAUCUCGAACAUUGAAUAAUAAUGAUGCGAAUACUGAUGAACCAUCAUCGAUAAUUACACUUGAAGAUUGUCUACAAUCAUUUACUAAUUGGGAAAAUCUUGAAAAUAAAGAAAUGUUCAAUUGUAAACGAUGUAAAAAAUUACAACCAGCUGAUAAAAAACUUGAUAUUUGGAAAUUGCCACCAUGUUUGAUUUUCCAUAUAAAACGUUUUCAACUAUCGAAUAAUCGUUGGAUUAAAUCAUCACGACCCGUUCGCUUUCCUAUUCGUUCAUUUCAACCAUCAAAAUAUCUCCCGACACGCUCAUCGACGACUAACUCAUCGUCUAUGUCUCCUGUCGAUGAUAAUCUAAGUAAUUCAUCGUCUUCGUUAUCAUCACUAAUAACCCAGCCAUCAGAUAUGAUGUCAUCAUCGUCGUCGUCUUGUCUAACUCAUGAAAACAAUUCUCAUGAUUCAACUAUUCGAUUACCGCCACCUGAAUCGUCCGAUGAAUCUUUAAAAAAACCUAAAACUGGAUUUGGACGACGAAAAAAUAAAAAUAAAAACGAAAAUCCAAAUGAUAAAGUUAAUAUUCCAUGUCCACCAAAAUUCAAUCAAACGAACGAUCAAAUAAUUUGUUCUGCUGAUAAUAAUUUUGAUCCUGAUAAUACUACUUAUAAUCUUUAUGCAUUUGUCUGUCACUAUGGAUUCAUCGGUGGCGGUCAUUACGUUUCCUUCGUUAAAAAUCAUAUAAAUCAGCAAUGGUAUUGUUUUAAUGAUAGUUCAUGCAAGCCCGUUUCAGAAAGUAUUCUUGAACAAUGUUCAUCGUCAGCUUAUUUAUUAUUUUAUCAACGGGAAUGCCUUGAUCAUCGUUGUUAUAUGCCGAAUGUUGAAGGUAAAAACCAAGUAGCAAACGAACUUUCAUUAACAGGUGAUGAUCGUUGGUGUUCGUUAAUGUGA